AUGAAAUCAUCUUUGGUAUUCUCAAUUCUGGUUUUGGUUCCAUUUUUGUGCCACGUGGCAUUCGCCCAAAAAAACUGUAAAGUUUGUCGACAAGCGCUUGAACUCAAAGGAAUUCUUGUGGUUGAGACAUUUUUGAUUGCGGUGAGAGGAGAUUUUUCAGAUAUUUUCAGCCCAAAUUUCCUACUUCAGACCAAAAUUGUGUGCUGAAAUUAGAAAAACAUCAAUUUCAGCCAAUUUCAGCUCAAAAUUCUCAAUUUUCAGACGUGCACCAAUGCAAAUGCGGCUGAACAAAAGAAAUGUCUUCAAGCGAUCAAACCUCGCUACGAAGCUGCCAAAAAACAAUUCGCGUUGACACCGAAAGAUUAUAUGAAAGUUUGUCACGCGGCUGGAUUUUGUUUGUAA